UUGUCUUUUCAUCAUCGACCCGGCCGCGACGAGCGCGGGGUGGGGCGAGAUGUCGUUUCGACUAUUUAAACGAAUCUUCCAUGGUGAUGUUUGAGCUCGCACAUUCUCUUCUCAACGCCCAUUCACUCGCAGCGGAUUGUUUACAAGUGCGAUUCUGAGGAGACUGAAAAUGGUGAAGAUUUGCUGCAUCGGAGCCGGGUACGUCGGAGGCCCGACGAUGGCCGUGAUUGCUCUCAAAUGUCCCAAAAUUGAAGUCGCAGUUGUCGAUAUCUCCGUCCCUCGAAUCGCGGCCUGGAACAGCGAUCAGCUCCCCAUCUACGAGCCCCGCCUCGACGAGGUCGUUAAGCAAUGCCGCGGCAAGAACUUAUUCUUCAGCACCGACGUCGAGAAACACGUCGCUGAGGCAGACAUCGUCUUCGUCUCCGUCAACACCCCGACCAAAACCCGAGGCCUCGGAGCCGGAAAAGCCGCAGACUUGACCUACUGGGAGAGCGCUGCCCGUAUGAUCGCCGAUGUUUCCAAAUCCGACAAGAUCGUCGUCGAAAAGUCGACCGUCCCUGUCAAAACCGCCGAGGCCAUCGAAAAAAUCCUGACCCACAACAGCAAGGGGAUCAACUACCAGAUUUUAUCGAACCCGGAAUUCCUCGCGGAGGGGACGGCGAUUCAGGAUCUUUUCAAUCCCGACCGGGUCCUCAUCGGGGGCCGGGAAACGCCGGGGGGCCAUAAGGCCGUUCAAGCGCUGAAAGACGUCUACGCCCACUGGGUUCCCGAGGAUCGGAUUCUCACAACCAAUUUAUGGUCGGCCGAGCUGUCGAAGCUCGCGGCGAACGCGUUCUUGGCGCAGCGGAUCUCGUCCGUCAACGCCAUGUCCGCUCUCUGCGAGGCGACCGGCGCCGAUGUCUCCCAAGUGUCGUACGCCGUCGGGAAGGACACCCGGAUCGGGUCGAAGUUCCUCAACGCCAGCGUCGGGUUCGGCGGCUCCUGCUUCCAGAAGGACAUCCUCAACUUGGUCUACAUCUGCGAGUGCAACGGCUUGCCGGACGUCGCCGAGUACUGGAAACAGGUGAUCAAAAUCAAUGACUAUCAGAAGACCCGGUUCGUCAACCGCGUCGUCGCGUCGAUGUUCAACACCGUCUCCAACAAGAAGAUCGCGGUCCUCGGGUUCGCCUUCAAGAAGGACACGGGCGACACGCGGGAGACGCCCGCGAUCGACGUCUGCCAAGGCCUGCUUGGCGACAACGCCCAGCUCCGAAUUUACGAUCCUCAGGUCACCGAGGAUCAGAUCCAACGCGAUUUGUCGAUGAAAAAGUUUGACUGGGACCACCCGCUCCACCUCCAGCCGAUCAGCCCGAGCGCCGUCAAGAAAGUGCAGUGCGUUUGGGACGCGUACGAGGCGACGAAAGACGCGCACGCCGUCUGCAUUCUGACCGAGUGGGAAGAGUUUCGGAAGCUCGAUUUCCAGAAGAUUUACGACAAUAUGCAGAAGCCAGCGUUUGUUUUCGACGGCAGGAACGUCGUCGACGUCAAUAAGCUUCGGGAGAUCGGAUUCAUCGUCUACUCGAUCGGAAAGCCCCUCGACCCUUGGCUCAAGGACAUGCCGGCGGUUGCGUAGAUUGAUUCGAUCAAUCGAUUUGUUCCUUUUGGGCUCGGCUUGAUUCGGCACGUUUAGGGACGUAUUCAACACUAUCCAUCCUUACAUACGGUACGCAUAUAUAUAUAUAUAUAUAUACCAUUCUGGUUAUUGAAUUUUUGUUGGUGUUCUGAAAAUUUUUAAUUGGUAUAAUUAAUUAUAUAUUAUGUCGUAUUAUUAUUAUUAUUAUUAUUAUUAUGAUUAUUACAUUCUACUUUACCCUCUUCAAAAUAUUACAUUGUCUUCUUGUUCGGAAAUUCUUAUGUGCUGUUAAAAGCUUGUGAGGUUUAAUAAAAUGCUACUUUUGUUA